UUGGGGGCAAAGGGAAUACUUGCGUAGUUGGGUAUUAAAACCCACCCUGAGGAGUCAUCUCAGCCUAAUAGGAGGAAUACGGUUUAAUGAUCAGCUGCAUGACACCUCUAGAAUGUCUGUCUAGGGAAUCUGACUCAGAUGUUAAAGUUUCCAGCAGUGAAAUCUUGGCACCAUUGGCAUCAGUUUCUGGCUCAAGAAACAAGAACAACAUAGAAUCGGCAGAGCUUCCCUUUCUUGAAGUUGACAUCAGAGAAAUAUUUGCAAUUCCCUGCAAACCGGAUUUCAGGCCUAGAAAAAGAAGGAAGAGAUUUUGCAGGAGAAACCAGUUCUGGAAGAAGAGCUGCUGUCUGAAGCCAAAGACAAUGCUGUGUGAAGGAAAAGAUCCAAGUGCGAAGCUACGAAAGCAGCAACCAGAUGAAGGUAAAAAAGAGAUGGAGGAAGUGCAACAGGUUAAAGUAAAAUCAACCUCCCAUGUGGCUGUGCAGACCGAACAGGGACAGCCCAAAGGAAGGAAGGCACAAUUUGUGAUGGUUCAGGUGCAACAGCAGCCGCACGUGAGAGAUAAUGCACCAUCUCUGACAGUGACUAUUCAGCAGCAGUGGGAUGGAGAAGGAGAUGUUCCAGAGGUAACUGUAGAGGUACAGAAUCAAGAACAAAAGACAGAUAUGCCAUGCAUAACCAUUCAGGUCCAACAAGAGUGGAACAAUCCUACUGAGGUUUCAUGUGUGUCUGUGAAAGUACAGCAACAGAAGGCAGGGAGGGAGACACCAUGCCCAUGUGUCACUGUGCAGGUGCAGCAGAAGAAUCGAGAAGAAGAAAUUCCACACGAAAGUGCUCAUUGGCAACCUACCAGUAGGUAUGAGGCUGCAUCUUGUGUGAUAGAAGAUCAACAGCAAGCCCAAUACAAGGAAAAGACGGUGAGUGCUGAAAUAGAGCAUCAGCAACAAGAGCAGGAAAAGACAAAUGUAAUAGGUUCAAAGCCUCUUGAGCAAGGAGCAAAUGAUUCCUGGGUGACAAAGAGUUUGCCAGAGCAAUAUCGGUGGGACAAUAACACAGAGCAGCUGAAUCCAGUACAGUUGCUACACACAGACCACAAAGAAAAUGGGUUAGAGGCAAUAGUGACUAAGAAGCAACGUCAUGGUGACAGCCAAGAUGCAAAGCAAACAUCGACCUCAGAUCUACAUCUACAGAAUGUGACUGAGGAAGAUGGAAAAGGAGCCAAUGCAGAGCAGCAAAAUGAAGAUGGCAAUGCCUCUGAGCAGCUAAGUUCAGAUGAACGAGCCCCAAAGGUGAUUGCAGAGGAGCAUAAGAAGGAAGAUGGACCAGAACAAACAGUAUCCAAGAAACACAGGAGGAGGGACACACCUAACUAUUUUGUUGCAAUCCCAAUAACAAAUGAUCAGAUUUUAGACAAAAUUGAAGAUGUCCAAGAGCUUAUAUUCACCAAAGAGCCUGAUCUGUUGAAAGCCCUAGUUCCAGUUCAAACUAUGCAUCUUACCAUUAUUAUGGCACACCUGAGUACAGAAGAUGAUGUGAGAAGGGCAGUUUCUGCUUUGGAGCACAGCAAGGCCAAAGUCAAAGCUAUGUUACAGGAGAAACUCUUUAGCAUGACAUUUCAUGGGAUUGGCCAAUUUAACAACCAAGUGAUAUAUGUUAAAAUGUCAGAGGAUGAACAGCAAAUGCUAAGCAGAAUUGCAGAAGCUGUGUGGAGCUCUUUUACUGAAAUGAAUGUCGACAUCUCAGGCAGCAAAGCCUUCAAGCCACACCUGACAUUUCUAAAACUGUCCAAAGCACCUGCAUUGAGAAGGAAGGGCUUUAGAAAAAUCCAUGAAGACCUCUAUACAGAGUAUGAAGAUAGCCUUUUUGGCACAGAAAUCCUGAGUCAAAUUGAUCUCUGUGCCAUGCAUAAAAAGAAGCAGGAUUCUGGUUAUUAUCAUUGUGAAUGUUCAAUUAAUGUACACCCAACAAAUUAUCAGAAUAAUAAAAAAGAAGAAAUGCAUACAGAUGAUCCAAAAGAGAAUAUUCCUGAUGAUCUUCUAAAUGAUGGCACAUUUGACAAUGCUAGACCAAUGCCUGCAGACAAUUAUCUUGCUUCUCCAAAUAAUUAUAAGCUAACUGAAAAUGUUGAUGGCAAUUCAGUCACAACAUUAAAUGAAGGCAAUGAUAUGAAUAAGAGAGAGAGACAAGCUAGAGCCAAGGAUGAAACCUUCACUGCUGAUGGAGAAGUCUGUUCCAAGUUGCUACCUGAACUCUUGCCAGCAAGCCCAGAAACAUUAAAAGCUAAGCAUGAGGAACAAGAAGAAGCGAAGCUGACAGAUGGUGACUUAGGUAAAGUUGAACAAAGAGAAAAGGCUUCUCAGCAGCCAGCCAAUAAUGUAUGAUGGUACAACAUAUUCCUCAAGCAGAAGCAGAUGCAAACUGCCAAGGGUGAUACCAAUUAAUGUAGAAACAGGACACAUUGUGGGUUACUCUAAAAUAUAUUGCAAUUGGAGAAACCCAAUCUUAUAAGAAAAACCCUUUAGUAUAAGGCUUGGUAUAAACCUUAAUGUGAGAAUAUCAGGUUUACUCUUUAUCAGGAAAAAGGUAUAAGAAUUACUGAUAAAUAUAAAUUGUCUGACACAUGACUACUGUACACAUGAGAUUAUGAUUGUGUUGUGCACAUGAGAUUGUGCUUGUGUAUGUAAUAAUUUAAAUGUACACUUUUUGUUAAAGCAUAAAUGCUCCUUGACUUCAUUUUGUGAAUGAAUAGCUUAAGUAUUUCUUAAAAGGAAGUGGACUAAAAGGAGAGGAUUUCAAUAGUAGGAUGAUCUGAUUUUUAGGUUAAAGAAGGAUUUGUUUAUUUGAAGAUGCCAGUCUUAUAGACCAAAAAGCUGAAACUAAAAGCAAUAUAUAAAAUACUGAUAAUUAAAACAUUGGAUUACUAGAAGUAAUAAUUUAGGUACAAGAUUUGUUCAAGAAGCAUUUCCGAUAGGAAGGAACAAGGUAAAGUGUGUGUGCAUUAAUAAAGAAUGCAAUGCAA